AUGAGCUGGAGUUGGAGGAAUUUAUUGAAGAUUAGACCUUUUCUUCGGGAUUCUUUUUAUUCUCAGAUUGGAAAUGGUGAAGGAACAUUUAUGUGGUUUGAUAAUUGGCAUCAGUUAGGACCUUUGAGUUAUGUUCUAUCUCAUAGGGAAAUAGCUAAUGCUGGAUUUAAUAUUCGGGAUAAAGUUAGUAAUGUGAUUACUCAUGAUAAUUGGAAUUGGCCGGAGGAUUGGUUAGAUUUGAUUCCUCAGCUGGGUGAGUAUCAAUUACCUAGGCUUGUGAGUGAUAAAAAGGAUGUGGUGCUUUGGAUGAAUGGGAAGAAAGAGCUUGUUCCUUUUGCUGUUAAUCAAGUUUCUUCUUCAUUAGUUAAUCAAGGAACUAAAGUUGACUGGCAUGAUCUUGUUUGGUUUCAGAACAGAAUUCCUAAUCACUGUUUUAUUCUUUGGUUGGCUGUGCUUGGAAGACUUAGAACUCAAGACAGAAUGAAGAGAUGGAAGGAUUCUAAUGAUUUCAACUGUGCUUUCUGUAAUGGACAAGUUGAUUCUCAUUGUCACUUAUUUUUUGAGUGUAAUUUCCCUUUGGAAGUUUGGAUGAUGGUCAAAGAGCAAACUAAAAUCAAGCAUAGACCUGGGAAUUGGUUUGAGGUUAUUCAGGAACUUCAAUUUUCCCUCAAAAUGAAGACUAUUGGGAAUUUUAUCAAGAAAUGUGCUUUGGCUGCUACAGUUUAUCAUAUUUGGAGUGAGAGGAACAAAAGAUAUUUGGGAGAGAGACUAAUUCUGUUGAAUUUGUUGUUCAAAGAAUUAUGGAGGAUAUUAGAAUGA